CGGCUUCCGGGUCACGACCUUGCGGCUGAACACGACCGCGUGAUGGCGGGUCGCAGGUCACGAGAUGACGACGCAGCGAACGCCCGCGUCGCCGCAUCUCAGCCGGACGUCGGCCACGCAGCGUGUAAACUCGGCCAGCUCUGCGUAUGCAAACACGCACUCUCGCAUCCCUAUCAGAGCGGCUAGCGCACUCAGCGCCGGGUCGUUGUUUGCCUAGCGUACGACCGCUGCCCCUCAGAGCGACAGCGUCGUUCAACGUAUAUGAAUUACAGUUCAGGUAAGUUAUCAGCAGACGACGCGACGACCAGGCAGGGACAAGGUGGUCAUGCUGAAACGGCGGCGAUGACAGAAGGCAUACAUCGUAGUGUCAGCAUGCCUGGCAUAGUUCUCAUUAACCGAGUCCACUGGCCGAACAAGCGAAAGUCAGAAGGGCACGUGAUCGAGCCUCCAGACGACUUAUCCAACCAUGAUUCAACAACAUCAGAAAGAGAACGAACGAAUGGCAGUUCAACCACCGCUGGCACCACUGACGAAGAGCAGGUCUCUCGCUCUUCACCGAAAUUUACAGCAUCGCACACAGCCGACGUGGAAGCAUCAAACUGUCCUCUCUCGGAGCACAGAGGGAAGUCAGUUUCCAUUCCUGAUCGCCUUGAUUGGCAAUCUAGAUACGAGAGCGCGCCUUCAACCAGCAGCCAAGAAAGGUCAAUUUCCGUCCCGUACGAUACUACGUCUUUAUCGAUUAAAUCAGCCGAGUCAAGCAUAUCAUUAGGCAGCAAAUUCAGUUCCUCUGUUUCUCUUCCCUCGAGGGAUCCAACUAACAAGUUAAGCAGUCAUUCCAGGAACACAAAAUUUCACCGUGUUUUCAAAGCCAUUCCUAUAGACGAACGGCUGAUUAACUAUUACUCCUGUGCCUACGAUGCUGAAAUUUUACUGCAAGGAACCAUCUAUGUGUCCAAAAACUGGUUCUGCUUUUACUCCAACAUCAUCGGUUACAAAACCAAGAUUGUCAUACCGGCCGCGUCUGUCGCGUCCAUCACAAAAGAGCGAACUGUGCUUAUACUGCCAAACGCCAUCCGAAUAGACACGGCGAAGAAAAAGUACGUGUUUAGAUCGCUGCUGAAUCGAGACAAGACAUAUGAUCUACUGGUUCGGAUUUGGUACCAUUCUCUUGGCAAGAAUUAUGAUGAGGAGAGCACUGGAUCUGCGUCCACACGAACCAUGUCGCCGGUCGCUGAGCUGCACGGAGAUGACGACGACGACAUCAGCCAUGGUUCGACAGAGGUGUCACAAACCAGCGAGAACGAGAUCCAAGAGUCAAUAUCGUCUUUGGAGUCCUCGCUAAAUGUCAGAGAUACCUCACCACCAUCUACUUUUUUCGUUUUCGCCGUGGCAACACUAUUGCUGGCGCUCGUCGUGUCCGGCCUCGUGUUGUUCAUGCGGCUGCGUGCAAUGGACGGAAGACUGUCCGAACAAUUACCCGCUCAACUGUACAUCGCCAGUGAAAUGGACAGCAAUUCGUUUCUGCGGGAGAUAUUUAAAAUGAAAAAUACGCUGCACGCUAAGACGACGCGGCGCAUAGAGGAUGUGCUAAGCCAUAACCUACAUCUACUAGCACAGAUACAGCAGUCGCUGGCCGGCCUGUCUGUAGUGAUGAAGGAUCCAAGCCCCAGCGACGUAACGUAACAUUGCGCGGGCUCUUGGCGUGGACAGGGGACUAUUAAAUAUAUAGUAGCAUAUAUAUUUAAAUCUAUAUAAAUAUAUUAUAGCAUGUUCGUACAGCUGAUUAUGACAACGGCAACGACCCGCCUACGAAUACACCAUCGAAUCGCUAUAGUCGUUUGCGCCUGACGUCAAGGUAGCGAAACAUUACGACGAGAUGUUAUCGUGAAAUUAUUGAGGUAAAGUGUUUUACAACAAGCGUUUUGUGGGAACGUAAACGAUAAACGGGCGUAGCAUGAAAACGCUACUUUAUUUUAUUUAUUAUGCGUGUAUAAUACGAACUUAAUUUUUUGAAAUUUUAACUGGUAUUUGUUUGUUUACAUUGUUUACGCACUAGUAUCUUCUAGCAUUUACAACUAUAUAUUAGUUUAAACUGUAUACAGAUUAGUGAUUAGGAUACCCGGUGUUUUCGUUAAAUUACCAUGCUCGUGUUGUCGUUUCCUGCGUACAUGAAUCAGGGGUCGAAAUAAGCGAUGGUCCGAUGUUGGACCAUUGAAUAUUUUGGUCCCAUUUUACGGUAAUUUUCUUCGUUUCGAUUAUUGCUAAUCCAGUGUUGACCAUAGCAAAUAUUUGGCAUGAUGUAACAAUGAGAAUAAUUUGAGAUUUAAAAAGAUCAUCUAAAAUUUAAGAGGACCAUCUAAAUUUCAAACUAGAUGGUCUUGUUGACCAUCUCUUUUUUUCUCCUUAUUUCUACCCCUGUGAAUACAUGCUAGGGUUUUACGCUCCGUUGUAAUUUUGUGUUAAGAUCAAAACGAACAUUUACACAUUUCUGUAACGGGAACAUUGUGAUGACUGCGGGAGGUAAUACGCUCUUCGCAAUCGACUAUGUUCAUUUGAGACACAAUUCAUAUAAAACAUUCAUAUAGAAGUUUUCGAUAUUCUGCAAAGUCACAGUACCGCAUGCGGUCUGUGUUUAGUCCCUCGUUUGUGGGUUUGGUACUUGUUGCAUGCGCGCUUGUGUGUGCGUGCGCCCCCGUUUGCAUGCGUGCGUUUAUGUAUGUACGCGCGCGUUCAUGUAUGUAUGCGCGAACGUGUGCUGAUAUUUGCGCGCGUCCGUGCGCUUGCGUGUAUGUAGGAUCUGGCAGAAUGUAGACGUUUUGGUUCCGGGUUGCACUAACCCCCGUGUGCCAUUUUCUGUUAGCGUGAUGAAAUAUACAUUGACCCUAAGUGCCUGAAAGUCGAGAAUAGCUGGACCAUCCAAACUCUCUUUACGUUCGUAAACAGACCUACGUGAUGUACAUCCUUAUGUACGUAUGCCCAGAUAAGACAAUAUAGUCCGUUUAUGCAUCGGUAUGUAACAAGCAUUUCCCCCUGACGCCUAAUGACAGACACAGGUUCAAUGGGACGGUGAAUCUGGUUUCAGGUGUACGCUAUAACCAGGUCCCAAGCAGGAACCUUCCUUGUAUAAUGUGAUAGAGGUAUAAUGAAACCGGUAUAGAGCUGCACGUAUGAAGACUAAGUAAAGCUGUCUUAGACUGUUACAUAUAGGAGGCCAGGAAACUGUACGUGAAAGGUGGCGACCUCACUGAUCCAUCCGACAUUUUAUUUUCACGUACAAAUAAUUUUAUGACAAAAGAAAUUAUCUGUGAUAUUAACGAACGAAUAUGCCAUGUUAUUUGCUAAUCAUGACAAUGACAAUGAAAUUGUGAUGUGGUACUGAUAUUUACCACAAAUAAACACAUGCGGUAGGUAUACCGCCGAACGCGAGCUUAAACUUGUCCCUCUGAUUCUGAAGAACUCGUAAUACCCAUAAUUGAGCAGAUAGCCUUGCAGCAGAACAUGCCAAUGUUUAUUAUGCGACGAGUAAAACGAUAAAUCCGGUGAAUAAGAUGUAUCUAUGUGAUCUAACGGUCUGUGAUUCAGAUAUAAAAUAGACUAAAUAACGUGAUAUGGCUGUUGUAAUGUGUAAUACACGAUAAGUACAGGUGAGAUCUAUCGACGACCAAUAAAUCCGUGUACCAACAACGAACGAAAUAACAACUUACGAAAUAAAAGGUUUAUUUACAGUA